CAGAUAAUGAUCCAGCGCUUUUCCCUCUGCGGUGGGAGGCCGCCGGGGUCACGUGACAGCGUGACAGCGACUAUAUUGGGGGCUGGACGUAAACAGAGCAGCACAAGCUGCAAGCCAUCCACCGGAGAGGCGCUCACACAGCUCCAGGCUUUGUUUUCCUGCCGCUAACAGCCUUUUAGGCGAAAAAAAUAUCUCUUUCCGACUUCAGCUACAGUGAUAGCUAAGUUUGGAGAGGAGAAAGGGAGAUAAAACGUGUCCUUUUUUUGCUUUGUUUAGCGACAAUUAGGUGCAGUAAGCGGUAGCCGGAUAGACCACAACAACAUUACAAAAGAAGAGACCACCGCGUAAAGCAGAAAAAGCAACAAUUACGCAUUUUUAGCAUUUUUACGCACGUUAUUUUUUGCCAUUUGGACAGCUUUAACAUGGAUAAUUCUGCACCUAAGAAGACAUGCUGUGAAUCGGUCCGAGAAUUCUUCACUUCCGCUAAAUUCCUUAUUUACAUGGGCCAUGCUCUGUCAACAUGGGGUGACCGAAUGUGGAACUUCGCGGUGGCGGUGUUCCUGGUGGAGCUGUACGGGAACAGCCUGCUGCUCACAGCCGUGUACGGCCUGGUGGUGGCCGGCUCCGUGCUGCUGCUGGGGGCCAUCAUUGGGGACUGGGUGGACAAAAACCCCAGACUCAAAGUGGCCCAGACUUCGCUGCUCGUCCAGAACAGUUGCGUCAUCGUGUGUGGGGUCCUCCUCAUGGUUGUUUUCCACACCAAAGAACAGCUUGUGGAGCUUUACAAUGGAUGGAUUCUGACGACCUGCUAUAUUCUGGUGAUCACCAUCGCCAACAUCGCCAACCUGGCCAGCACGGCCACCUCCAUCACCAUCCAGAGGGACUGGGUGGUGGUGGUGGCAGGUCAGGACAGCAGCAAGUUGGCAGACAUGAAUGCCACAGUGCGGAUUAUCGACCAGCUGACCAACAUCCUGGCUCCCAUGCUGGUAGGCCAGAUUAUGGCCUUUGGCUCCCAUUUCAUCGGCUGCGGCUUCAUCUCUGGCUGGAACCUUUGCUCCAUGUGCCUGGAGUACGCGCUGCUGUGGAAGGUCUACCAGAAGACGCCGGCGUUGGCCAUGAAAGCCGGUCAGAAGGAGCAGCAGCAGGAGCUCAAACAGCUCAGCAGCCCGAAAGAGCUGGAGAACGGCCAGAGUCCUGAGGAGUCGUCCCAGCCGCUGAUGAACGAAGCUUCAGCCGUGGCCGAGGCCGACUCUCCCAAGAAGCACGGCUGCUGCUACCAGGUGGCCGAGCCCGUGCGAACCUUCAAGGCGGGCUGGGUGGCCUACUACAACCAAAACAUCUUCUUCGCCGGCAUGUCCCUGGCGUUCCUCUACAUGACGGUGCUGGGCUUCGACUGCAUCACCACGGGCUACGCCUACACGCAGGGCCUCAACGGCUCCGUGCUCAGCCUGCUGAUGGGCGCCUCGGCCGUGUCGGGCAUCUGCGGCACCGUCGCCUUCACGUGGGUCCGCAAGAAGUGCGGCCUGAUCCGCACGGGCUUCAUUUCAGGCGUGGCCCAGCUGUCCUGCCUCCUCCUGUGUGUCAUCUCCGUCUUCGCUCCCGGGAGCCCCUUCGACCUCAGCGUCUCGCCCUUCCAGGACCUGUACACCCACCUGGUCGGAGAGACGCCGCUCACACACGUUGUCACAGGUGGUAACACCACUACUGCUGCACCAGCCGAAGAGCUGUCCCCCCUGCAGUCCUACAUGUCUGUCAGUCUGCUGUUUGCUGGCGUCAUUGCUGCUAGAGUUGGCCUGUGGUCCUUCGACCUGACAGUGACCCAGCUCAUCCAGGAGAAUGUGAUCGAGUCGGAGCGAGGUGUGAUCAACGGCGUCCAGAACUCCAUGAAUUACCUCUUAGACCUGCUGCACUUCAUCAUGGUGAUUCUGGCUCCCAACCCAGAGGCUUUCGGCCUGCUGGUCAUCAUCUCAGUGUCCUUCGUGGCCAUGGGUCACAUCAUGUACUUUGCGUUUGCCUUCAAGAACCUGGGCAACCGUCUGUUCCUGUGCUGCUCUCCGGAGCAGAAGGUGGAGACGGUGGACAGCCCUUCACUUCCAACCACCGUCUAACCCCGUUAAAGAGACUUUGUCCUGGGUACAUAUUGCUCAAGCCUUACCCUACCCCUGCAUCCUAUCUAACUAACAUCUUUGCUUGUAGCUAGCAGAAUGCUAACCAGAGAAGGGUCGCUUAACAUGCUAUGCAUACUGUAGCUAUGAAUACAGCAUUAAUCAUUAGAAGAAGGAGGUGAGUAGGAAAACUAAUCUACAGUGAAACUUUAGGCAAGGCACGGUUUCUUGAACUGUUUCAGUCUGGGAGUCAGAAGCUCUCAUCUUGUGGGUCUUUGCCCCCUUGAUACAUACAUGUACUGUCAUACAAAGAGCCAUCUUCUACUUCUGGGCUUGUGACCCCCCAAUGUGGGUCCCGGUAAAGAAAUCAGGGGACUGUAAAAUAUUCUCCUCCUCACUGCCCGGAUCUAGCUGUAAAAGAUUUUUUUAAAGGUGCUUCAGCUACAACAAGGGUAACAUGAGGGAGAAAUCUUGCAGGGAAGCAGGCACUGAGGCUCCGAUUAAAGGGGGACAGCGGUCUGAGACCCGGGGCUGGGUCAGAAAUGAGUCAGUACCAAGUAGAACUGAAACGUGUCCAGUCAAACAAUACCUGCAUUUGAUACUAGAGGUGGGGAAAAAAUCGAUACAGCGUAGUAUUGCGAUAUUUGGCAAUAUUAUAUCGAUUCAUGGCCGCCAAGUAUUGAUAUUUAACACUCUGACUGGCCAGUAUUUUUGCUGUAGCGGGCUCAUUUUUAUGAAUAUGGAGAUUCUGGGGAUUCACACCUCUAGUACCAAGUAGUACUGAAACUUCUCCAGUCAAACAAUGCAUUCAAUAUUUUUUGUACCCAGAUCUAAACAAAAAGACGGUGCGGUGGAGUCGAGCGCAGUGUGAUUGACGGAGUUGACUGUAAUGUAUUAGUAUCAUUCAGCAGGGGCGGAGUAAUACUGCUGUUAGUACUGGUAUCAUGUUUAAAUCAUACCCAGCCCUACGAAGACCCCAAAAGAGAGAGAAACCGUCCCCCAUUCUUGCCUCUCAGUGACUUCAUUGGUGCUGUAGCUGUGUCUGCUCACUGUUCUCUGAUAGCUUUUACAUUAACAUGUAUGACGAGCAGGUUGUGGAUGUCUCCCUCCAGAGUAGAGGGAGCUGCUUUGUUAUUUAACCAAACACAAAACUGGGAUCUAGUCUCUUUAAUACAUAGAUUAUAUGCAGUUAACUGUAUUUAUUCAGUACAAAAUGCAGACGGUGGUUUUUUUAUAUAUAUUAAUAACAAUCGUAUCAUCAGUAUUGUGUCUCGCGGUUGUGCCAUAAGAAAGACAUGAGAACUCCUAUGCACCCUUGUCAAUAGAAACUCUCAGUUACCAAAGCCAAAGUCCAUAUGUGGCAUAAAAGGAAGUGAGGGAAACCAGAUAUCUGUCUGAAGCAUUCCAAAUAUAUAUUUUUACACCAGGUGACAGUAGUCGUGUAGGUUCAGUAAUAUGUCUAACCUGCUCUGAGAUUGUAGUUAAAUUUCUGAUAGUUUACAUUAAUAGUGUCUCUUUUUUGUCACCUUAUGAUUUUUAUGUUAAUUUUUCAAUCAUGAUUGUUGUUACACAGGCACUUUAAGUGAUUGACGUCUGUCAUUUACACCUAAUGCGUGAUCAGGCAUUUGAUCAAUAUUUUUUGCACAAGACUGAAGUCCUGACUCCCCCGUAAACCACUGCACAAGGUUAUAUUGAUCCGGUCUCUCCCCCAGCAUGUUCAGGUGCUGUGGUUGGAGACAUAAAAGGCACAUAGAAGAACACUCAUGAGGAGAAACUCUACCAGCUCCUGUGAAAAAAGUCUGGAGUUUACCUUAGCUACCCCUCUGUUUCCUGAAAAGUUAGCCAGGAAGCUAAGUCAGCAAAAACCUUCGCUGAUCUCAGUUUACAUCAGCAGACUGCCAACAGACUCUGGACCAGGACUGAGUCUGUGUGAGUUCUUAUUGCUGUAAGCUUCAAAACAGGUGGACACAUUUUACUCAAGUCAAACAGUUAGGCAGUUCUAGUGUAGAACUGUAUCUUCAUAGUAUCGCAUGAAAGUUUUUGGCUUUUUUUGCAUGAUACUUUUCCUGUGAAGUGAUUUUUCCAAGUAAAGAGCAUUUGGAAAGUAGAUUUGCUAUAAUGUAAGGCUUUUUCUAAACGGUGGAUUUGAUUGAUUUGGAUUUUCUUUAUUUGUAUGUCAUGUAAAGCCUCCAAUGUGUUGUUUCAACAAUAGCUUAAAAAAUGACCCAUAUUUACGUUUGGACAUUUUAAAAACGACAAGUAUUUAGUUAAGAGAUUGUGUUGAUCUGCAAAAAUUUUGGAUACGCUCCUGUCGGUCAUAUUUGAGGGUAGCAGGAACAUAUGAGGUGUGGUUGGAUUGUUUGGAGGACUUUUAAUUUCAGUACAAAAUUACAGACAGAUUUACAUCAGCAAAUGUUCUGCCUACUCUCCCAGGCUUGGCACAUAAAAUCUGUUUCCCUCUGGAAACACAGCAACCAAAGUCUGUGGAUACAAUUAUAGGAUAAUGAUAACAUAGUGAAACAAACAUGCACAAAAAUGCUUACGAAUUUUGAUAUGAUCUCACUUUAAAGUUUUACCCAAAUACAGUAACAAGUGAAGCCGUAGCGUGUUCCUUUCCACCUCUGACCUUUUAGUCGUUCCUCUUGCCUUUUUCUAAAUUAGCCUUGACCGCUGUUAAUCGCACACAUGUGGCUAGAACAAGACUAGCCGCAGCCUAAACCAUGAAGAGUCGAGCCAGUCUAGGGGAGAUUUUGGUGAAGUGGGAGAGAAAAAUAUUUAGGUUGGAACCAGAGGUUGCCACACCAGAUGUAGGAGAACAGAAGACGGCUUGUUAGCUGCACAUGCUGAGUCAGGGUUUCUGCAGGUGUGCAGACUCACUGGGACUGGGGCUACAUAUUCAUGUGUCACCCAGAUUUAAUGUAAUCAGUCUGAGCGUGGGCGGAAAAAAGCUCGGUCUGCUGAUUCAGGAAUAUCUCACAUGGCCAUAACUCUAUAUUUUGUUGUUAAUAACUUCAGUGGUCAGUCAAUACUUAAAUAUACCAUGGGAAAAAACUAAAAAAAUAUAUAUAUUGUAUAUACUGUUUUCAUGCUAUUUGUCUGGAAAUGCUGAUUUUUUUUUAACGUUUUUUUUAUACACCUAGUGUUAACAUGUUGUGUCAAAUUGAAGUUUCUUAAAGAUUUUUUGAAAUUUGUGUAUAAAGCAAUUACUGCCUUUCAUUUCUGUAUCAUACUGCUUUAAUUUGACAAUAUACAUAUUCCUCUCUGUAUAUAUCUAUCUAUAUAUAUAUAUAUAUCUAUAUCAGUGUUAUUGUAGUUCAAUAUACAAAAGCAUUCAAUCAUAAAGAAAUCAUUUUUAUGUAAUUAUCGCACUCCACUGAAUACAAGGAUAUUGCUACUGCUUGUAUUACAUGAUGUCUCCUAAAUAAAGAAACUUUCACAAUU